CCGCAACUUGAUUUACUACUUCUUCAAGUCCUGCAGACAUUCUGACAGGAAGAAAAUGGCAGACAGACUUGGUUUCGGCGAAGGAAGGCCUGAUCACACCCGAAAUCUUUCGCAUGGGCGUGGUGGUGCUGGUGAGUGCAUUUUUGCAUGUCUAUCAACACGAGAGUCGCAACGCUGGUGCGAACGUGGCUUCUUAUAAUGCUUUGCGUUAUCAAACGAGCCAUGGCGCAGCCAGGCGUCCAUAUCUCUACGCGCCUGCCGGGCCUCAUACAAAGAGGCCGCAAGAGACACUAUUUCCUUCCGCGGGCUCAACGUACCUCCCACAUUGAGUUGGUCCUAAGUCACUCGCUAGGCAACAUGGCAAAAGUAGAGCGCCGUGGCAGUGGCACUACGGCAGCUGACCUUGUUACGCCAACCCUUAAAAGCGAUCUUUAUACAACCGGUCGAGGUGGCUCAGGAAACAUGGCCAGGAAUGACAAGGACAAACCAGAGCUAGCUCGGACGGCGCAAGACGUCGAAGCACCAAUGCAUCGCGAGCCAGAGGGAAACAUUCGCUUCGGGCGAGGUGGCGCUGCAAAUCACACCAAGCGCAGCGAAGAAGAGAAGAGGUUGGCUAAGAGCGCCCACGAGAAGAAUUCGAACGAGCUACAGCGUGUCAAGACUGGCGAGGACAAUCGAGGUCUUGCGGAGAAAGGAAAGGACUUUCUUGGGAAAAUUACUGGGAAGAAAUAAGACGAUAUUGGUGCACAACGGAAUUGAUGGAUGAUGAUGUCAAUCUAGGACUGAGACGCUCCUUAUCUGCAGUCUGAAUCUAUUAAUGAUGCAACUGACGCUUUCAUAUCAUAUUAGUUGCUCUAGGUAAUUCAUGUUAUGGGGUUCAUGGUUCAACAAAACAGCCCCCAAACUACCCAGGCCGUAACUCUUCUAAUAUUCUGUCUACUACUGCGUCUGAAUACUGGAGGGUCGUUCUGCCAUCAAAGUUGGCACUGCUGACUCACUAGCACAUGGUCAUAAGGGCUUAGCAGAUCAGACCAG